CGCUAAGAAUCCAAACCACAAAGACUCGAAAGUCCUUGGUCAUUUCCACGUCUCUAACUUUAGCUUCUUCUUUCUCUCUGGACCCUAAACCCUACCACGCUCUAUAUAGACAUCUCUUACUGCUGAUAUCUUCUCUCAUACGGGUUCAACACCAUUAUCUUUAUUCAGACGCACUUGGGUUAAGAAGGAAGAAGAAGGAGUUAAGCUUACUUAUCAGUUAAAUUCAAUGGAAGAUGACAGUUGGAGCUAUGGUCUUUCAGCUUCGUCAAGAGCUUAUCAGUCCACGCUUAAGUCUUCCUCAGAUUUCUAUAUCGAUUUAGAUGAUUUUGAUGGAGAUGAUGAUAUGAGGGUGGAUUUUCCCUGCCCAUUUUGUGCGGAGGACUUUGAUAUAGUUGGGCUUUGUUGCCAUAUCGAUGAUGAGCAUCAAGAUGAGCCUAAUUCUGGGUCUGGGGUAUGUCCUGUUUGUGCUAUGGUGGUGGGGAUGAAUAUGGUGGGACACAUUACGACACAGCAUGUGAACUUUAUUAAGGGUCAGCAGAAAUUGAAACAUCAUAAAGAUGAGUAUUCAACCUAUGCCUUCUCGAGGAAGGAAUUGCAGGAUGAACAUUAUCGAUCAAUUUUUGCCGAGCCAAUUUCACUGGUUUCUACCUCGAAGAUGGCACUUGAUCCAUUGUUGUCAUUUCUUCAACUUGCAAAUGCUGCUGAGGACAAGCCAGAUACUGCACAGCCAAAUGUUUCUGAUGAAGUGAGCUUAGAAGAGAAAUUAUCCGAGCAAGCAUUGUUAGAGAGAGUUGAUCACAAACCUCCUGUAUCAGACAAGGACCAAGAAGAGAAAGCACUGAGAUCCAAGUUUGCACAGGGACUACUACUGUCAACUUUCCUGGAUGAUGACUUAUAAAUGGGGAGGAAUUUUACAAGUACGGGCUGCCCACUUCAUAUUUUAAGGAGAGAGCCAGUACACCCCUGUUAUGUGUUUGAUUAAGAUUUUACUGAUAUAUUAACAUAAAUAGGCUAGAUCUUAGGAAUUCAAUGCAAUGCAUGUUAUAUAAUUCAGCUUCAUAUAUGUAUAAGCCAGAGAAGAUUCAGACUCUUGUCAUUUUCAAGCUUUCUUUAUGGCUUCUUUGCUUAUUAAUAAAAAUCUUUACUCUUUAUUACUA